AUGAGACGUGCGGUAUCUAAAAUACUACCUACACCAAAAUUAUUUAAUGAAUUACCAAUAAAUUCUUCUUCAACAAAUUCAUCAUCAUCAAUAAUAAAUAAUAAUUCUUCCAAAAAUUCCUCUUCAAAUCUUGUAUCAAAUUUUAAAUUAGAUUUUAAUGCAGUUGAUGAAUUUUAUACACAAUUAGAUGAUCCUCAUAAAAUUUGGUUACCAGGUGAUGAAGUUUCAGGACAAAUUGUUUUAGUUUCCAAAAAAAAUUUAGCAAAUAUUAUAAUAACUUUAUCAUUAAUUGGUUUUAUUAAAAUAAAUGCUUCAUCUCAUUCUAAAUUAAGACCUUUAAAACAUACUUUAUUUGAUCAUACUAUUAGAAUUUAUGGAAAUGAUAAUGAAGAACAACAAGAAGGAGGUGAUAAUUCGGAGUUUAACAAUGGAUUAUUUAAAGGUGAACAUGUUUUCCCAUUUAUUGUAAAAUUACCAAAUAAAAGAGUUUUUACAUCAAUAGACUUUGGUAAAGGUUCAAUAAAUUAUAUAUUAAAAGGAUCAGUUGGAAAUAGUUCAUCAUAUAUAAAUGCUCCAACUUCAGAAAAAAAAUUUAUACAUAAUCCUUCUUAUACAAGUGAAAAAUUAAUUAAUUUAAUAAAUCCAAUGGAUGUUUCUUCAUUACCAAAACCUAAACCAAAAAGAUUAAUACUACGAGAUCCAAGAACAAAUCAACAAAAUAAUAGAAAAUUAAUACGAACUCAAUCUUCUACAUCAACUAUAAAUACAAUAAAUACUUUUGGAACUUUUUCAUCAAAUAAUUCAGAUACUUCAACAGAUGAUAGAUCUUCACUGCAAUUAAACAUAGAUGAUUUAAAUAAUCAUAAUAAUCAUAGUCAUAAUAAACCACCAGCUACUAUAAAAGUAAUAUUAAAUGUUCCACAACGAGGGUAUUUAAGAGGUGAAUCAAUACCUGUUAAAUUAUCAAUAAAUCAUUUAAAAAAAGUACAAGAUUUAAAUGGGAUUAUAAUAACAUUUGUAAGAGUUUGUAGAUUAGAUAAUGGACCAGAUGGAGUAGUUGAAAGUUUUAGAAAAGACUUACAACAAGUUGUUUUACCAUUAUAUGUUGAUCCAAUAACUUUUCAAUCUGAAAUUCAAUCUUCAUUAAGAGUACCAGCAGAUUCUUUUCCAACAAUAACAGGAUGUCCAUUAGUAAGUUUUCAAUAUUUUAUUGAAGUUUUAAUAAAUUUAUCUGGAAAAUCAAUAAUAGUAGAUCCAGAAGCAAUAACAGAUCGUCAUUCCCCAGAUUCUCAACAACAAGAUCAACAACAUCAAAUAACAUCAAUUGAAAAUUUUCAAUUUAAUUUUAAUUCUUCUUUACAACAUCAAAAAGAUAGAUCAAAUUUUAUAAAUACUGAUAGAUUUAAAAGAUCAAAAAAAUUUUUACAAUUAACAAGUGAAAUUUAUAUUGGAACUCAUAGAUCAAAAUUAGAAAUUGAAGAUGAUAGAAUGUCUGGUAGAUCAUCAAGUUCAAUAUCAAAUUCAAAUAAUGUAUCACCUGCAAUUUUUACAAAUUCACCAAUAGCGAAUAACAAUAACAAUAAUCAUAAUAGUAUAACAACAUCUCCAAUAAAUCAUAAUUCAACUUCACCAAGUAAUAUAUCAGCAAAUUCUCCAAGUAGAAUUAUUCCAACAAUUCCAGAAUCUUCACAAUUACAAAUCCCACCUUAUAAUGAUGUUCCAACUUAUAAUAAUCAAAUUAAUAAUUUUAAUAAUAAUAAUAAUAAUGAACCCCUAUCUGAAAAAGAACAAAUGGCUCAAUAUCAUGAAAGUUUAUUACCAUCAGCACCACCUGAAGAGGAUGGUGAUGUUGAAGAUAAUCAUGAUUUGAAUCAAAAACACGGUAUUAAUAUUCAUAAUGAUCAUCAUAAUCAUCAACAUCAAGAUUUCCCACCACCUCCAUUAUCUGAAUCUUCAUCAAGUCAACAACCAUUACCACCACCACCAACAAAUCAACAUCAAGUUCCAACAUCUCAUCAAUUUAAUUUUUUCACAUAUGAAAAUAAUAAUCAUCCAACUUCAUCAAAUCAUGAUAUUUUUUAUCAAUCAAAUCAUAAUUCAAAUUAUCAUAACCAUCAAAAUUCAAAUCAUCAACAAAUAAACUCUAAUAAUUCAUCAAAUUUAGUAAAUGAAAUUUUUAAUGAUGAAAUAAUAGAUAAUGUACCAAAUUAUAUGACAGUUGAAAAUGAUCAAUUAUUAAGUAUAAGUCAUAGUAAUCCAAAUCAGUUGAAUUCUUCAUCAUCAAUUCCGUUAAAUUCUCAAUCACAUGAUGAAGAUCAAAGUUAUUAUCAUGAUCAUAGAUCUCAUACUACUAAUCACAAUCAUCAUCAUCAUCCAUUACAAAACGUUACGAAUGGAAUAGAUGAUGAUCAACAAGAUUAA